CCGGGAACGGCCGGAGGUGACGCCGGAACGGUAGGAACCAGCAAGGAAGGUCAAACCCGAGCUUAGCCGCACAGACGACGCCGCGGUCGUACCUCAGAACUCCAACCGUCCUGAGUGCUGCGUCAGGCGGCUCCGCAAAGAAUUUUCCAACAGGAGACAGGGCAGCUUUAAAAUAAAGAUUCUGAGUCCUGCACUCCGUGCGUCCUGUGAGGAAACAUUGCCGUCUCGCCCGGGAAGCCGCCUUCUAGACCGGUUCCUGCCCUGUCUGCGUUCCUCUCUGCAGUUGAGAAUUUACAGCGGCCUCUUGGUUGCCGGCGUCUGGCUCUCGGUGGGGACUCACCCGGAAGUUGCCGUACCGCAGGUGGGGCGGCCGCUUUGCCAUGGCGACGGCCGCUCGGCGACGCUUCUGCCGCUGCGCCUGCUUCUGCUCUCAGAACCUGUACGUGGCGCGCUACGGGCUGCACCUGCGCUUCCGGGACGAGCAGCAGUUGCGCCGUGACUAUGGCCCGGUGAGCGGGGGGCGCAGGAGGGGCCCGGACACCAGGACUGGCUUUGCCCGAGGCCUCUCGCUGCAGAUUGGCAGCUCCCUAGGAACCCGAGAACACGCGUGCCGAGUGCGCUGGACAGAAGUUUUCAGACCUAUCGAUGAUCCUGUCACUGUCAUCUCCGUGACAGGGGUGGGGGGGGCGCUGAGGCUCAGAGAUGUUUAUUGACAGGGUCACAUAGCCCUGCUAACUGACCUUUCUGCUCGCAGCUCCUGCGCAGCCGAGGCUGCGUCAGUUCCAAGGACUUCCAGCAACUCUUGGAGGAGGUACGGCACCCCUGCCAGCCCUUCCCCUGGAGCCCUUGACUCCGAAGGACUUCUUAGCCCUCUUUCCCCAGUUCUUACUCCCACUCCCAGCUCCUGGCCCAGGAGAGAGAUUGAGAAAGACCAAAUUGCCCCCAGCGUCUCCUUCUCACCAGCUGAGUGGCAUGGUCAGGGCCACCACCCCCAUUUCAGCUAUCAGGACACCUUGACACCUGCAGAGAACUCUGGCGGGUUCAGAAGUAUAGGCAGACUUGCCUUCCAGCCUGGGUCCCACUUUGGCCUCCCUGGACUUCAGUUUCUUCUCAUGGCGUUGGAGGUGGGUGGCCCCAGUGUGUAACUGCCUUUGCCGUUCCAGCUUGAGCAGGAGGUGGGGCGCCGGCGCAGGCUGGGGCAGGAAUCAGCUGCCAGAAAAGCCCUCAUUGCCAGCACCUACCACCCAGCGAGGCCUGAUGUCUACUGCUCACUGCAGGACGCGGUUCUGGCCCCUGAGUUUGUGGCUGCAGCUGAAUACAGCGCAUCCCCCGGUGCAGGCCUUGAGGGCCUUCUCCAGCAGCUGGAGAUAGUGUCAGUCUGCCCCUCCUUCCUCAGAGGAGAAGCGCAUCUACCGGGUGCCUGUGUUCUCGGCGGAGUUCUGCCAGGCCCUGUUGGAGGAGUUGGAGCAUUUCGAGCAGUCGGACAUGCCCAAGGGAAGGCCCAACACCAUGAACAACUAUGGGGUACUGAUGCACGAGCUAGGCCUCGAUGAGCCACUGGUGACACCACUGCGGGAGUGCUUCCUGCAGCCACUGCUGGCCUUGCUGUACCCGGAGUGUGGUGGGGGCCAGCUUGAUAGCCACCGGGCCUUUGUGGUCAAGUAUGCGCUGGGCCAGGACCUGGAGCUGGGCUGCCACUACGAUAAUGCUGAGCUCACCCUCAAUGUUGCUCUGGGCAAGGCCUUCACAGGGGGUGCCCUAUACUUUGGGGGCCUCUUCCAGGCACCUGCAGCCCUGAUGGAACCCCUGGAAGUGGAUCAUGUGGUGGGCCAGGGUAUCCUGCACCGCGGUGGCCAGCUGCACGGGGCUCGGCCCCUGGGCACCGGAGAGCGCUGGAACCUUGUCAUCUGGCUCCGGGCAUCUGCUGUUCGAAACCGCCUCUGUCCUAUGUGCUGCCAGAAGCCAGAGCUGGUGGACGAUGAGGGCUUCGGUGAUGGCUUCACCCGGGAGGAGUCUGCCGUGGUAGAUGUAUGUGCACUGACUUGAGCCUGGUCCCCCAGGGGCGGUGGUGCCAUGGCGGCAGGAAGCUGCCAGCUUGAGUGGGGAGGGCAGAAAUAAACUCUAUAGCCAUGACCCUCCUUGGGCCAAAGGGACACGCUGACUCCCCGGUCACUCUUUGGACAGAUGAGCUGUCUUAGGGCAGAACUGCUGGAAGACAAGUCGAGUUUGAGAUGAAAUAUUGAGGGUCGAGGGUGGAGCAGGUUCAGGAAGGGAAGGAGCCCCAAAGAAAGUGAUUCCCAGUGAUGUCCAGCCUCAGCCUGAUCCCUGAGGAGCUCUGCCUGGGGUGGAGGACUCAGUUUGUGACUCCUUGGAUAGGGUGGCUCCCAGGGACUUAAGUGGGGUUCAUUGGUCUGUCAGUGCUGGCGAGUGGGGAGCCAGACUUUCUGGGUUCAAGUCUCUGUUCUGGCACAUCCUGCUGUGGCAGCCUGGGUGUUGUGACGAACUGACAUUUAUAAAGCACUUUAUAACAGCC